GGAGAAUGUGAUUUUGAAGUGAUGUGGCAGAGUGAUCACAGGAGAUGCUAAUGUAAUUAGGAGUCCUUCUUUAAGGAAUUCCAGUUGCUUGUUUUCAUGAUUUUGAGCCUAUUCAGCCAGAGAUGGAGCAGAUGGAUUGCAAACCCUACCAGCCACUGUCAAAAGUUAAACAUGAAGUGGAUCUAACUUACACAAGUUCUUCAGAUGAGAGUGAAGAUGGCAGAAAGCAAAGGCAGUCUUAUGACUCAAGAGAAACUCUGAAUGAAUACAGCCAAGAGCUAAGACUGAACUACAACAGUCAAAGCAGAAAAAGAAAAAAUAUUGACCAAUCCACACAAGACAUGGAAUUCUGUGAGACACCCCAUAUUCUGUGCUCUGGCUACCAAACAGACUUACAUGGUGUAUCAGAGCACAGCUACCCACUAGAGGUGGGCUCAGACGUGGAUACUGAAACCGAAGGUGGAGCAUCACCAGAUCAUGCCCUGAGGAUGUGGAUGAGGGGGAUGAAGUCAGAACACAGCUCCUGUCUGUCAAGCCGGGCCAACUCAGCAUUGUCCCUGACUGACACUGACCAUGAGAGGAAGUCUGAUGGGGAGAAUGACAUGCCGGGGAGCCCGCACAACCAGUUCACAUUCAGACCUCUCCCACCACCGCCUCCGCCGCCACACGCGUGCACCUGCACCAGGAAACCACCACCGGCGGCCGACUCUCUCCAGAGGAGAUCAAUGACGACCCGCAGCCAGCCCAGCCCUGCUGCCCCAACGCCCCCCACCAGCACACAGGAUUCUGUGCAUCUCCAUAACAGCUGGGUCUUGAACAGCAACAUACCGCUGGAAACCAGGCAUUUCCUAUUUAAACAUGGAUCGGGGUCUUCAGCAAUCUUCAGUGCAGCCAGUCAGAACUAUCCUUUAACAUCCAAUACUGUUUACUCUCCACCUCCUAGGCCUCUUCCUAGAAAUACCUUUUCUAGACCUGCCUUCACUUUUAGCAAACCUUACAGGUGUUGCAACUGGAAGUGCACUGCUCUGAGUGCUACUGCCAUUACGGUUACGCUGGCAUUGUUGCUGGCCUAUGUUAUCGCAGUACACUUGUUCGGUUUAACCUGGCAGCUACAGCCUGUUGAAGGGCAGCUGUAUGAAAAUGGAGUUAGCAAAGGAAAUAAGGGAGCAGAAUCCACGGAUACUACUUUCUCACCGAUCGGAGGAAAAGUUUCUGAUAAAACAGAAAAAAAAGUGUUUCAGAAGGGACGGGCCAUAGACACAGGAGAAGUUGAGAUUGGAGCACAAGUUAUGCAAACAAUCCCACCCGGCUUAUUCUGGCGCUUUCAGAUCACCAUCCAUCACCCUGUGUACCUGAAAUUUAACAUUUCACUGGCAAAGGAUUCUCUGCUGGGAAUUUAUGGCAGAAGAAACAUUCCACCUACUCACACUCAGUUUGAUUUUGUAAAAUUGAUGGAUGGAAAGCAGUUAAUUAAGCAGGAACCAAAAAACUCAGAGGAGCCUCAGCAAGCUCCCAGGAAUCUGAUCUUAACUUCACUACAAGAGACAGGCUUCAUUGAGUACAUGGAUCAAGGUGCUUGGCAUAUGGCAUUUUACAACGAUGGAAAGAAAGUGGAGCAAGUGUUUGUGCUGACCACGGCAAUCGAAGUCCUGGAUGACUGCUCUACUAAUUGCAAUGGGAAUGGAGAAUGUAUCUCGGGGCACUGCCACUGUUUCCCAGGAUUCCUUGGUCCGGAUUGUGCAAAAGAUUCCUGCCCGGUGCUCUGUAGUGGAAAUGGAGAAUAUGAGAAAGGUCACUGUGUGUGUCGAAAUGGGUGGAAAGGACCAGAGUGUGAUGUUCCUGAGGAACAGUGUAUCGACCCGACCUGCUUUGGCCACGGCACCUGUAUCAUGGGAGUCUGCAUCUGCGUCCCUGGAUACAAAGGGGAGAUCUGUGAGGAAGAGGACUGCCUGGAUCCGAUGUGCUCCGGUCACGGCGUGUGCGUUCAAGGGGAGUGCCACUGCUCCGCGGGCUGGGGCGGCGUGAACUGUGAGACAUCACUGCCCAUCUGCCAGGAGCAGUGCUCAGGGCACGGCACCUUCCUCCUGGACGUGGGGCUCUGCAGCUGUGAGCCACAGUGGACGGGUUCUGACUGCUCUACAGAGCUGUGUACCCUGGACUGCGGCAGCCACGGUGUGUGUUCGAGAGGAAUCUGCCAGUGUGAGGAGGGCUGGGUGGGACCCACCUGUGAGGAGCGCACCUGCCAUUCCCACUGCGCUGAGCACGGGCAGUGCAAAGAUGGGAAGUGUGAGUGCAGCCCCGGAUGGGAAGGGGACCACUGCACCAUUGAUGGCUGCCCAGGUCUCUGUUAUGGAAAUGGCAGGUGUACUCUUGAUCAGAACGGAUGGCACUGUGUCUGUCAAGUGGGCUGGAGCGGCUCAGGAUGUAAUGUUGUCAUGGAAAUGGUGUGUGGGGAUAACCUGGACAAUGACGGAGAUGGCUUGACAGACUGCGUAGACCCUGACUGCUGCCAGCAAAACAACUGUUAUGUGAGUCCUCUCUGCCAGGGUUCGCCUGAUCCCCUUGACCUUAUCCAACACAGCCAACUGCCUUUCUCUCAGCAUCCUCCAAGGCUCUUUUAUGAUCGAAUCAGAUUUCUUAUUGGGAAGGAAAGCACUCAUGUGAUCCCAGGAGAUAUCUCAUUUGAGAGCAGACGUGCAUGUGUCAUUCGUGGCCAGGUGGUAGCAAUAGAUGGAACUCCUUUGGUUGGUGUGAAUGUCAGCUUUCUACACCACAAUGAGUAUGGAUAUACCAUCAGUCGACAAGAUGGAAGUUUCGACCUUGUGGCUGUGGGAGGCAUCUCUGUCACCCUGGUUUUUGACAGAUCUCCUUUCGUAUCUGAAAAAAGGACACUUUGGUUGCCUUGGAAUAGAUUUGUCAUUGUAGACAAAGUUGUAAUGCAAAGAGCAGAGUCAGAUAUACCAUCUUGUGACGUCAGUAGUUUCAUCAGUCCAAAUCCUAUUGUACUCCCUUCACCCCUGACAGCAUUUGGAGGCUCCUGUCCAGAAAGAGGAACUGUUAUUCCAGAGCUACAGGUGGUCCAGGAGGAGAUCCCAAUUCCUUCCAGUUUUGUGAAGCUGAGUUAUCUCAGCAGUCGAACGCCGGGGUACAAAACUUUGCUGCGCGUUAUUCUGACGCACACAACCAUCCCUUCUGGAAUGACAAAAGUACAUCUGAUCAUUGCUGUUGAGGGACGCCUGCUUCAGAAAUGGUUUCCUGCUGCAGCCAAUUUGGUCUACACAUUUGCCUGGAAUAAGACAGAUAUAUAUGGACAGAAGGUUUCUGGUCUGGCAGAAGCUAUGGUGUCGGUGGGAUAUGAAUAUGAGACAUGUCCUGAUUUUAUUCUGUGGGAGAAAAGAACAGUAAUCCUUCAAGGCUUUGAAAUGGAUGCUUCAAAUCUGGGAGGCUGGUCCAUAAACAAACACCAUGUAUUAAAUCCACAAAGUGGAAUUGUACACAAAGGAAAUGGAGAAAACAUGUUCAUUUCCCAGCAGCCACCGGUCAUCUCCACUGUGAUGGGCAAUGGACACCAGAGGAGUGUCUCCUGCUCCAACUGCAAUGGUCUUGCACUCAACAGCAAACUCUUUGCCCCAGUUGCUCUGACUUCUGGGCCUGAUGGCAGUGUGUAUAUUGGAGACUUCAAUUUUGUCAGACGGAUCUUUCCCUCUGGAAACUCUAUUGGCAUAUUAGAGUUGAGGAAUAGAGACACAAGGCACAGUACAAGUCCUGCACAUAAAUAUUACUUGGCUGUUGACCCAGUAUCAGAAUCCCUUUACUUGUCAGAUACCAAUACCAGAAGAGUUUACAAAGCAAAAUCACUCAUUGAAACAAAGGACCUGGCCAAAAACGUGGAUGUGGUGGCAGGAACAGGUGAUCAGUGCCUCCCAUUUGACCAGAGUCACUGUGGAGAUGGUGGGAAGGCAUCAGAGGCGUCUCUCAACAGCCCAAGAGGUAUCACUAUAGAUAAGCAUGGAUUUAUUUAUUUUGUUGACGGUACCAUGAUUCGGAAAAUUGAUGAGAAUGGCGUGAUCACAACAAUAAUAGGUUCCAACGGCCUCACAUCAACCCAGCCAUUGAGCUGUGACUCUGGAAUGGACAUCACUCAGGUGCGGUUAGAGUGGCCAACAGACCUGACAGUGAACCCGCUGGACAACUCGCUGUACGUCCUGGACAACAACAUCGUCCUGCAGAUCUCUGAGAGCAGACGUGUGCGCAUCAUCGCAGGGCGCCCCAUUCACUGCCAGGUGCCCGGCAUCGACCACUUCAUCGUCAGCAAGGUGGCCAUCCACUCCACCCUGGAGUCAGCCCGAGCCAUCGCUGUGUCCCACAGCGGGAUUCUUUACAUUGCUGAGACUGAUGAAAGAAAGAUCAACCGCAUACAACAGGUCACAACCAACGGCGAGAUCUCCAUAAUCGCCGGAGCCCCGUCAGAUUGUGACUGCAAGAUUGAUCCUAAUUGUGACUGCUUCUCAGGUGACGGUGGAUAUGCCAAAGAUGCAAAGCUGAAAGCACCUUCCUCCCUAGCAGUCUCUGCUGAUGACACGCUGUAUGUAGCAGACCUUGGCAACGUUCGCAUCCGCGCCAUCAGCCGAAACAAGGCUCACCUCAGUGACACGAAUCUGUACGAGAUUGCGUCACCAGCAGACCAAGAGCUGUAUCAGUUCACCAUCAAUGGCACCCACCUGCACACCCUGAACCUCAUCACAAGGGACUACAUUUACAACUUCACCUACAGCGGAGAAGGGGACGUUGUCACCAUUACCAGCAGCAAUGGGAAUUCGGUGCACAUCCGCAGAGACACGAGCGGCCUGCCCCUGUGGGUCGUGGUGCCGGGCGGCCAGGUAUACUGGCUGACAAUAAGCAGCAAUGGUGUUCUGAAAAGGGUUUAUGCCCAAGGCUACAACCUGGCUCUGAUGACAUAUCCUGGAAACACAGGACUUCUAGCAACCAAAAGUGAUGAAAAUGGAUGGACCACUGUGUAUGAGUACGACUCUGAUGGCCACCUGACCAAUGCCACAUUCCCAACUGGGGAAGUCAGCAGUUUCCACAGUGAUGUUGAAAAACUGACGAGAGUGGAACUUGAUACUUCAAACCGGGAGAACGUGGUCACAGCUACAAACUUCUCAGCUACUUCUACAAUAUAUACUUUAAAACAAGAUAACACACAGAAUAUCUACCGGGUCAGCCCAGAUGGGUCUCUGAGAGUCACCUUCGCCAGUGGAAUGGAAAUCACGCUUAACACAGAGCCUCAUAUUCUAGCAGGAGUAGUCAGUCCCACUUUAGGGAAGUGCAAUAUCUCCCUUCCUGGAGAGCAUAACUCAAAUCUCAUUGAAUGGAGGCAAAGGAGGGAGCAGACCAAAGGCAAUAUCUCCACGUUUGAGAGAAGGCUAAGGGCCCACAAUAGAAAUCUGCUCUCCAUUGAUUUUGACCAUGUCACCAGAACUGGAAAGAUCUAUGAUGAUCAUCGAAAAUUCACUCUUCGGAUUAUGUAUGACCAGACGGGGCGGCCGGUUCUGUGGUCACCCAUCAGCAAAUACAAUGAGGUCAACAUCACUUAUUCCCACUCUGGAUUAGUGACCUAUAUCCAAAGAGGAACCUGGACUGAGAAAAUGGAGUAUGAUCCAAGUGGAAACAUCAUUUCCAGAACAUGGGCAGAUGGCAAAAUAUGGAGUUACACGUACUUAGAAAAGUCUGUGAUGCUCCUGUUGCACAGCCAGCGCCGCUACAUCUUUGAAUAUGACCAGUCAGACUACCUGCUGUCGGUCACCAUGCCCAGCAUGGUACGCCAUGCCUUGCAGACCAUGCUCUCUGUUGGGUACUAUCGCAACAUCUACACCCCGCCGGACAGUGGUGCGGCCUUCAUACAGGACGUCACCAGAGAUGGACGGCUUCUGCAGACGUUGUAUCCCGGGACGGGACGCAGAGUCCUCUAUAAGUACUCCAAACAGUCUCGACUUUCUGAGAUUCUUUAUGACACUACUCAAGUCACAUUUACCUACGAGGAAUCUUCUGGCGUUAUUAAAACCAUACACUUAAUGCAUGAUGGCUUCAUCUGCACCAUCAGAUACAGGCAAACAGGUCCACUUAUCGGUCGCCAGAUCUUCAGGUUUAGUGAAGAAGGGCUCGUCAAUGCCAGGUUUGACUACAGUUACAACAAUUUCCGUGUCACCAGUAUGCAGGCCAUGAUAAACGAGACGCCUCUGCCCAUUGAUCUGUACCGUUACGUUGAUGUCUCUGGCAGGACUGAACAAUUUGGGAAAUUCAGUGUAAUUAAUUAUGAUUUAAAUCAAGUUAUAACCACCACUGUGAUGAAACAUACCAAAAUUUUUAGUGCCAACGGCCAGGUGAUUGAAGUUCAGUAUGAAAUUCUCAAGUCAAUUGCUUACUGGAUGACCAUCCAGUAUGAUAAUAUGGGCCGGAUGGUGAUCUGUGAUACACGCGUUGGUGUAGAUGCCAAUAUCACACGGUAUUUUUAUGAGUAUGAUGCUGAUGGUCAGCUUCAGACCGUGUCUGUGAAUGAUAAAACCCAGUGGCGCUACAGCUACGACCUUAAUGGCAACAUCAACUUGCUGAGCCAUGGAAACAGUGCACGCCUCACUCCUCUGAGGUACGACCUUAGAGAUCGCAUUACCAGACUUGGAGAAAUUCAAUAUAAAAUGGAUGAAGAUGGUUUUCUCAGGCAAAGAGGCAAUGAGAUCUUUGAGUACAACUCUAAUGGUCUGCUGAACAAAGCAUACAACAAAGUGUCUGGCUGGACUGUUCAAUACUGUUACGAUGGUCUUGGAAGACGAGUUGCAAGCAAAUCAAGCCUGGGACAACACCUGCAGUUCUUUUAUGCUGAUCUCUCCAACCCAAUACGAGUUACUCACUUGUACAAUCAUAGCAGCUCAGAAAUAACAUCUCUGUAUUAUGAUCUUCAAGGUCAUCUCAUUGCAAUGGAAUUAAGCAGUGGAGAAGAAUAUUAUGUUGCUUGCGAUAACACAGGAACACCUCUAGCUGUAUUUAGCAGCCGGGGCCAAGUCAUAAAAGAAAUUCUGUACACUCCAUAUGGAGAGAUCUACCAGGACACUAAUCCAGAUUUCCAGGUUGUCAUUGGUUUUCAUGGAGGGCUCUAUGAUUCUCUCACCAAAUUGGUUCAUCUGGGUCAGCGGGAUUACGAUGUUAUUGCUGGCCGGUGGACAACACCAAACCAUCACAUAUGGAAACACCUGAAUGCUGUCCCACAACCAUUCAAUCUCUACUCAUUUGAAAACAACUACCCAGUUGGCAGGAUCCAAGAUGUUGCUAAGUAUACAACAGACAUUGGAAGUUGGCUAGAGCUAUUUGGUUUUCAGUUGCACAAUGUACUGCCUGGGUUUCCAAAACCAGAGAUCGAAGCUUUGGAGACAACAUAUGAACUUCUACAGCUUCAAACAAAAACCCAGGAGUGGGACCCUGGAAAGACUAUCCUUGGUAUUCAGUGUGAGCUACAGAAGCAACUCCGAAACUUUAUAUCCUUGGAUCAACUUCCUAUGACCCCCAGGUAUAGUGAUGGCAAGUGCUAUGAGGGAGUGAAGCAACCGAGGUUUGCAGCUAUUCCUUCAGUGUUUGGAAAAGGCAUCAAAUUUGCUAUCAAGGAUGGCAUCGUCACAGCAGACAUUAUCGGUGUGGCUAACGAGGACAGCCGGCGCAUCGCUGCCAUACUCAACAACGCUCACUAUCUGGAGAACCUGCACUUCACCAUAGACGGCCGGGACACACAUUACUUCAUCAAGCUGGGGUCUCUGGAAGAAGAUUUGGCCCUAAUUGGCAACACUGGAGGACGACGCAUCCUGGAGAACGGAGUGAAUGUCACAGUGUCGCAAAUGACUUCCGUGAUCAAUGGGAGGACUAGACGCUUCGCUGACAUACAGCUGCAGCACGGCGCACUGUGCUUUAACGUUCGCUACGGAACGACCGUGGAAGAGGAAAAGAACCAUGUCCUAGAGGUAGCCAGGCAGAGAGCUGUGGCUCAGGCCUGGACUAAGGAGCAGAGACGGCUGCAGGAGGGGGAAGAGGGGAUUAGGGCAUGGACAGAUGGAGAGAAACAGCAGCUUCUAAACACUGGGCGGGUACAAGGUUACGAUGGAUAUUUUGUUUUGUCAGUGGAGCAGUAUCUCGAACUUUCUGACAGUGCCAAUAAUAUUCACUUUAUGAGACAGAGUGAAAUAGGCAGAAGGUAACAAAGAAAAUCUCUGCCUUUGCGUCACCAAAGACUGCCUGUUUUUAAACG